UUUGAGAGAAACCGGUUCUGGUUGGACCCCUUUUGAGAAGGUUGAUAACAAGAGAAGAUAGAAAAAAUGGAUAACAUCACAGCAAGCGAAGUUGCAGGUUUGGGAGUUGGCACGCUUCUCCUUUGUGCCACCAUUGCUGCCCCCAAAAUCGAUGCUUUCUUCUCUUCUUCUCAGCGCAGUGCACUGGGGAUGUGCAGGCGAUGUGGCAAUCUGAGGAGAUUAGCUUGUUCUAGAUGUAAAGGAACUGGCUCAGUCAAAGAAGGCGGAAUUCUAAGACUCGGUAGUAACCUCAUGGAUGACUUGUAUGAAAAUCUUGGUUAUCAAUCAAAGGUCAAGCAGAUAUCUUGUGUAAAAUGUCAAGCCAGAGGUUACUUUUCAUGUCCUGAAUGUUCUAAACAAUAAUCUAUGUGAUUUUAUUUAUCUCCUGGACCACUGACCGGCACCGGCGAGCUUGCAUCCUUGCCCUAUAAAAUUGUGGCAAGAAAACCUCACAGAUGGUGAUAUGUAACAGCAGUUUUAUCCUUUAUACCUUGUUGCAAGAACAGAUGCAUGAUCAAGAUGCUGCUUGUUAAUCAGGAUUAGCUGUAUUUGUUGUCUCUAUUGUAUUGGUUUGUAAUAUUUUGAUUCCAUUAUUGUCCUUGACUUAUAAGGUUGGAACCUUUUUUCCUUCCAUAGUAGUCCAAGCAUUGCAAUAGUCUAUCCUUUUUACUUUCUUGCUUUUUAGGGAACACACCAUUUUAUUGAUGAAUUUGUUCUGUCAUUGGGCCACAUGUCAAAUUGAAAAUGAUAUUCUUACAA